AUGACAGUGUUACCCGCCCUUCGUUCACGCGGGUUCGUCGCAGCAAAUCCCUCGCGGGUUGACCUGGACGAAACUCCGCCUCUGCUACCUAGGAAGACUCAAUCGCAUGGCGCCCUCACCCUCUCCAACAAGGAAGUGCCGCAUUGGCUUGGAGAGAGCAAUUAUAUCCUGACAGGUUACCGUGUGCCAUGCAACUCCACCGCUCGUUGCUUCUACAGCUGGUUCUACCUUCACAAUGAGACCGUCAACAUCUAUACGCAUCUCAUUCCAGCCAUUGGCUUUGCCGCAGCAGAGAUUUUUGUUUACCGGCACUUUGAAACUCUCUACCCCGACGCUCCACAAGCCGAUAAGGCGGUCUUUGCGCUCUUCCUGCUGACAGCUAUGACGUGUAUGAGCUGCUCGACUUUGUUCCAUACGUUUAUGAGUCAUUCUGAGAGGGUCUCCAAGGCAUAUCUGCGUGCUGAUUAUAUGGGAAUCGCAGGACUGAUCUUUGGUAACAUAAUCUCUGGUACUUAUGUGGUGUUCUAUAGGGAGACGGCCUUGUGGGCUACUUAUUGGGGGAUUACGUUCGUGUUCAGUGCCCUGACAUGCAUGAUACUAUUCCACCCCAAGUUCGAAGGCCAAGAAUACCGAACUUUCCGUGCGGGGACCUUUAUUUGCACCGGGUUGUCUUCAGUAGCCCCCCUGAUGCAUGCCAUAAUGCUAUAUGGCCUGGAGGAAAUGAUGGAACACUCUGGUCUUCCAUACUACCUCCUCGAAGGCCUGCUGCACAUCAUCGGAGUUAUCUUCUAUGUGGCCCGCAUCCCAGAAUCAUUGAGACCGGGUAAAUUCGAUAUCUGGUUCAGCUCGCAUCAAAUAUUCCACGUAUUGGUCGUGCUAGCCACUAUCUCCCAGGUUAUCGGUAUAUGGAGCGCUUUUGAUCAUAAAUACCACACCGAGAUAAGCGUACGGCGGAAAUUACCGUUACUUGUGUGA